GGGCACUGAUGGGCGGAAAGACAACGAAGGAAGCGAGAGUUGACCUGUGUGGGAAACUGUAAAAGGGUGGAGUUGGAAAGCAGUGAGGCAUGGUGAUAAUGGAGGGCGACCACACUAUACUUAAGAGCGCCGUCUCCCCAAACAGAUCGCAAUGAUUACAUCUUCUUCUCUGAAUACCGGCAAAGCGACACAAUCUUCUUCUGGAUUCCCUUCCAAUUUCACAUCUCCACUCAAUCUUCUCUAAUUCCCCAACCCUUCCUUUUCUUCCUUCCUUUCACCACUAUUAUUUCUACCCAUUUUUUUCCCUAAUCCCAAAGGGAUGUUUUUGUAGGGAUGGGACUCUAUCUUGUGCUCAGUGGGGACCAUGUGAUUCAUUGCAUUGGUCACUGGGAAUGAUGCCAUUGAAGAUGGAAUUUGUCCUUUCAGCCCUGAUAUUAUCUUGUUUUCAUUCUUUUGUACUGUCUGAUUCGCAAGGAGAUGCACUCUAUGCAUUAAAGAAUUCAUUGAAUGCCUCCGCCAAACAGCUCAUGGACUGGAACCCAAAUCAAGUUAACCCAUGUACUUGGUCCAAUGUUAUUUGUGACCCCAGUAAUAAUGUCAUUUCUGUAACGUUGUCAUCCAUGCAACUGUCUGGAACGUUGUCCCCCAAAAUUGGAAUUCUGAACACUCUUUCAACACUUAUAUUGCAAGGAAAUGACAUAACUGGUGAGAUGCCAAAAGAGUUGGGAAAUUUGUCAAAUCUAACAAAGUUAGAUUUGGGAAAUAACAGAUUAAUGGGUGAAAUACCAUCUACCCUUGGUAAUCUUAAGAAGCUACAGUAUUUUACAUUGCAAGGAAAUGGCAUAACUGGUGAGAUACCAAAAGAGUUGGGAUAUUUGUCAAAUCUGACCACCUUAGAUUUGGAAAAUAACAGAUUAACGGGUGAAAUACCAUCUAACCUUGGUAAUCUUAAGAAGCUACAGUUUUUGAUUUUGAAUCAAAACAAUCUCACUGGGACUAUCCCUAAGUCGCUCUCCAGUAUUCAUCAAAGCUUGAUCAAUCUUCAGCUGGCAUCAAAUGAUCUCAGUGGUCAAAUACCUGAGGAUUUAUUUCAAGUGCCAAAGUACAAUUUUACAGGUAAUAGGUUGAAUUGUGGCAGAAAUUUUCAACACCUUUGUGCAUCUGAUAAUGAUUCAGGUGGUUCUCACAAACCGAAAAUUGGACUGAUAGUUGGAAUUGUUGGAGGACUUAUAGGUCUUCUUCUUUUUGCAACUGUGCUGUGUUUUCUGUGGAAGAGUUCACGCAGAGGCUACAAGCGCGAAGUUUAUGUAGAUGUUGCAGGUGAAGUUGACAGAAGAAUUGCAUUUGGCCAAUUGAGAAGAUUUGCAUGGAGGGAGUUACAAGUAGCUACAGAAAAUUUUAGUGAGAAAAAUGUUCUUGGACAGGGAGGCUUUGGGAAAGUUUAUAAGGGAGUGCUUGGAGAUAACACCAAGGUUGCUGUGAAACGAUUAACAGAUUAUGAAAGUCCUGGUGGAGAUGCAGCUUUCCAGCGUGAGGUGGAGAUGAUAAGUGUAGCUGUUCACAGGAAUCUAUUACGGCUGAUUGGAUUUUGCACAACACCAACAGAACGCCUUUUGGUGUAUCCCUUUAUGCAGAACCUAAGUGUGGCGUAUCGCCUUCGGGAGGUUAAACCUGGGGAGCCAGUUUUAGAUUGGCCUACAAGAAAACGGGUGGCUUUAGGCACAGCACGUGGACUAGAAUACCUGCAUGAACAUUGCAAUCCCAAGAUUAUUCAUCGGGAUGUUAAGGCUGCUAACGUAUUACUGGAUGAAGAUUUUGAAGCUGUUGUUGGGGACUUUGGCUUGGCAAAGUUGGUGGACGUGAGAAAGACCAACGUGACAACUCAAGUUCGGGGAACAAUGGGCCACAUAGCACCUGAGUACUUGUCCACAGGGAAGUCAUCAGAGAGGACAGAUGUUUUUGGUUAUGGGAUUAUGCUGCUGGAACUUGUAACAGGUCAACGAGCAAUUGACUUUUCACGCUUAGAAGAAGAAGAUGAUGUCUUGCUGCUUGAUCAUGUCAAGAAGCUUGAAAGGGAGAAAAGACUUGAUGCUAUUGUAGAUCGCAACCUAAAUCGGAACUAUGACAUCCAAGAAGUGGAGAUGAUGAUCCAAGUUGCAUUGCUCUGUACACAACCAUCACCAGAGGAUCGUCCAGCAAUGUCAGAGGUGGUUCGGAUGCUUGAAGGAGAGGGGCUGGCUGAGAGAUGGGAAGAAUGGCAGCAUGUGGAAGUUAGUCGUCGACAGGAGUACGAGCGGCUGCAAAGAAGAUUUGACUGGGGGGAAGAUUCACUCUAUCACCAGGAUGCUAUUGAAUUGUCUGGUGGAAGAUGAGGUUGUUGCAGUUUUCUUGUUCAACCCCACAAAUUGGCAGCUGAGAGACAUUGAAAGCAACCACUGCUUCACCUGCCAUUUUUCUGAUAUCGCCUUGUCUAUACCAUUGCCGUCAGCUCUUAUCUCUUGCUCUUUGCUCGGCUAGAAGAUGCAUACUGUGGUAUCUUCUGCAGGUCUGUAUGCGCCACCUCUUCAAGGCGCUGCCCAUCGCCAAAGCUUGAAUGGUCAUAACUUGCCUGAACUCUAAUCUCUCUAUUCUAUCUCUAUUUGGAAGAUUUCCCAGAUGUGAUUCCAAAUGGUCUGAAUUUCUAUUGUAAUAUCUGUGAGUCAUGACACCAGUGGGCAAUGGCGUUUCUUGAAUUUCUCUCCAGUUAUGUUAUGCUGCUGAGAACCCAGUAGUUCCAUUUAUCUACGGAUGAUCGCUCCAUUUAAUAUGAUAUAAAUUCAUAUUGGAGUUAAAAGCGUGUUUGACAAUAUUUAUAAUUUAAGAGUGCUUUUAGUUUUGUUUU